UUAUCGUUAGUAGAAGGUUAGAUGUUAUGUGUUACACACUGCCAGGCGAUCAUAGCAGGGUGACACUGGCAGCUACUGUAAACCUAUAGUGGGUAUCUGACCUGUGGUUUGCGGCAACACCGUCAUGUUUCCUCUGUGCAAAUACACAGUGCAAGCACACAGGUGCUUGAAUACCCUGAAGCCACUAAAGAAAGGUUUCUCCCCCUUCUGUGUUAAAAGAUGGUCAUCCUCUGUGCCUCGUAUCACCACACAUUAUACAAUCUACCCCCGAGACCAGGACAAAAGAUGGGAAGAGGUGAAUAUGGAACGUUUUGCUGAAGAGGCGGACGUUGUGAUAGUGGGUGCAGGUCCUGCAGGACUCUCCGCAGCAAUACGACUCAAGCAACUUGCGGCAGAGAACAACACAGAGCUACGCGUGUGCCUUGUGGAGAAGUCAGCCCAACUAGGGGCCCACACUUUGUCGGGAGCAUGUCUGGAACCCAGGGCUCUAGUGGAACUUUUCCCUGACUAUAAGGAGAGAGGGGCUCCUCUUCAUACACCUGUAACUAAAGAUAAGUUCAACAUCUUAACAGAAAAAUACAGCAUACCAGUACCAAUUCUUCCAGGGCUUCCAAUGAAUAAUCAUGGGAAUUACAUAGUUCGCCUUGGUCACCUAGUAAGUUGGCUUGGAGAACAAGCAGAAGCUCUUGGAGUUGAGAUAUACCCAGGAUAUGCAGCAGCAGAGGUGCUCUUUCAUGAAGAUGGAAGCGUUAAGGGGAUAGCAACUAACGAUGUAGGCAUUCAUAAGGAUGGAUCACCAAAGGAUAACUUUGAACGGGGCCUGGAACUGCAUGCUAAAGUGACUAUCUUUGGAGAAGGCUGCCAUGGGCAUCUCGCCAAGCAGUUGUACCAGAAAUUCAAUCUCAGAGAGAACUGUGAACCACAAACCUAUGCAAUAGGCCUUAAAGAGCUAUGGAUUAUUGAUGAGAAGAAAUGGACCCCAGGCUUGGUUGAACACACAGUUGGCUGGCCUUUGGAUAGGCAUACCUAUGGUGGAUCUUUCCUUUAUCAUCUUAACGAGGGGGAGCCUCUUGUGGCACUCGGUUUUGUGGUGGGUUUAGAUUAUCAAAAUCCAUAUUUGAACCCUUUCAGAGAAUUCCAGAGAUGGAAGCACCAUCCUAUUGUGGCCCCUACUCUGGAAGGUGGAAACCGGAUUGCCUAUGGUGCUAGAGCUUUAAACGAAGGAGGCUUUCAGUCCUUACCAAAGCUCACCUUCCCAGGCGGACUUCUCAUCGGAUGCAGCCCUGGAUUUCUGAAUGUUCCCAAGAUUAAAGGUACCCACACAGCCAUGAAAUCUGGAAUGUUGGCUGCAGAAGCUAUUUUUAAAAAGCUCACAGAUGAAAACCUAAAGUCAGAGACACAAGGUCUUAAUAUCACGGAGUAUGAAGAGGACAUUAGGAAGUCCUGGAUAUGGAAGGAGCUUUAUUUAGUCAGGAACAUUAGGCCUUCCUGCCAUAGUCCACUGGGUUUAUAUGGUGGCAUGAUCUACACCGGUAUCUUCUACUGGAUAUUCAGAGGAAGGGAACCUUGGACACUAAAACAUAAAGGUGCAGAUUGUAAUCAGCUAAAACCUGCCAAGGACUGCACACCAAUAGAAUACCCAAAACCAGAUGGAAAAAUUAGUUUUGACCUGUUAUCCUCUGUGGCACUUAGUGGUACAAACCACGACCAUGACCAGCCUGCACAUCUGACUCUACAGGAUGACAGCGUGCCAGUGAGCAGAAAUCUUGGAAUUUACGAUGGACCAGAACAGAGAUUUUGCCCUGCUGGAGUAUAUGAGUUUGUUCCUGAGGAAACCGGUGAUGGAGUUCGGUUACAGAUUAAUGCUCAGAACUGUGUCCACUGCAAAACAUGCGAUAUUAAGGAUCCAAGUCAAAAUAUUAACUGGGUAGUACCAGAAGGGGGCGGAGGACCAGCUUACAAUGGAUUGUGAACUGUACAAACAAUAUUUUCAUUUUUUUCAUUGGCUUAAUGAUUUAGCCUUCAGAAUCCUCCUGUGAGGAUCCUGACUGAAUGUAUAGGAAAGGGUGACUAAAUAUUUUGCUGCUUGUGGAAUAGGUGACUAAUCUUCUGUUUGAAAUUAUUCCCCCUUUAGAACGGUUUCAACGUGGCUGUAUAAUGGCUCCUGAGCGGCAUUCUCAAUACCAGACAAGCCUUAUUUAUACAUUUAAAUUAAAAAAAUGUGCUCUGCAAAUCCUGUUAAUUUUUUACAUUAUUGUUUAAAAAAAUGCUAAAUACAGGUAUUUUUAAACAAAUCUUGCAUUUCUGAUUCUUCUUAAAGAAUCCGGCAGCCAUUUUGCAUAAGUUUAUAAAGAAUGCAGCUAUGUAUAAUGCACUCAUUCCUCAAGGAAGAUAAUGGGGAAGCUUCAAUGAUUUUCUGAAGGCCAGCACACAGGACUAUCAUAUCGAACAGGGCUCUCAAAUCUGAGGCCUCGGUGCCAAAUGCAUUUUUCCCCCCCUUUUGUCCUUCCUUAUUUUCCCAUCCAAACCAACUAUUUUGUACAGACUCAAUGUAUGCGUUUAAUACAGUUUGUAUAUUUAUGUAGGUUUUAGGCUUGUCAUUCUAAGAAUUGCUCAAUUUCAAUUUAUGUACAUUAAACUCCCUGACCUA